CUAUUGAAAAGGAAAAAGACGGAGCUAUUUCUCUUCAAGGUUCUUCAGCUACUACUAUUUCCUCUUCAAUCUUUUCAAGUACUCUUCAAUUUCAAGAUAACAUUUUUGACUUUGAAUUGCACACCAGCUUUGGUUUAGUCAGAAUGGAAGCAACAAAUCCAAUUCUCAUUCUCAAUAAUGCUAUCAUUGUUACCAUGGAUUCUCAUGACCACGUUUUCGUAGAUGGAGCAAUUGUUAUACAACACAACUCAAUUAUAGCCAUUGGCAAAUCCAUCAACAUUCUCACUCAAUUUACUUCUAUCUCACAUCAACUCAUUGACCUUCGCGGACAAAUUCUCCUCCCAGGUUUGAUAAACACACAUGUUCACACGUCUCAACAAUUAGCGAGAGGAAUAGCUGAUGAUGUGGAUUUGUUGACAUGGUUACAUGAUCGCAUUUGGCCUUACGAGUCCAACAUGACGGAAGAAGAUUCAUUCAUUUCCACUUUACUCUGCGGAAUCGAACUUAUUCACUCUGGUGUUACGUGCUUUGCUGAAGCAGGAGGGCAGCAUGUGUCUGGAAUGGCAAGUGCAGUAGAAGUAUUAGGCUUGCGUGCGUGUUUGGCCGAGUCAAUUAUGGACUAUGGUGAGGGUUUGCCAGCUUCAUGGGCAGCUAGGACUACUGAGGAGUGUAUUAAGUCGCAGAAGGAUCUGUUUAUGAAACACCACAAUACAGCAGAUGGACGUAUCAAAGUGUGGCUUGGGAUAAGGCAAAUCAUGAAUUCAACUGAUCGGUUACUUACUGAGACGAGAGACACAGCAAAAGAACUAGAAACCGGGAUUCACAUGCAUAUUGCGGAGAUACCGUAUGAAAAUCAACUGAUUGUUGAAACGCGAGGAGUUGAUAAUGGAACUGUUACAUAUCUCGAGAAGAUCAAGUUCCUGCAGAACAAUUUGUUGGCAGCACAUACUGUUUGGGUCAAUGAGAAAGAGGUUGACUGUCUCGCAAAGGCUGGAGUCAAAGUAUCGCAUUGUCCUGCUGCUGCAAUGAGAAUGCUUGGAUUUGCCCCCAUUAAGGAAAUGCUCAGCGCUGGUGUUUGUGUAUCCUUGGGUACAGACGGUGCACCAUCAAAUAAUAGAAUGAGCAUUGUUGAUGAGAUGUAUCUGGCCUCUUUGAUCAACAAAGGGCGUGAAGUAUUCUCCACGGGAACCACUGAUCCUACAGCUUUGCCUGCUGAAACAAUCCUCAAGAUGGCCACAAUAAAUGGCGCCAAGUCUGUACUUUGGGACAAGGAAAUAGGUUCGCUCGAGGUUGGGAAGAAGGCUGAUAUCGUUGUGAUCAAUCCUUCUUCUUGGUCCAUGAUGCCAAUUCAUGACUGCAUUUCCAGCCUUGUUUAUUGCAUGAGAACUGAGAAUAUCGUCUCUGUUAUGUGCAACGGCUGUUGGAUUAUGAAAGAUAAGAAAAUCUUAACCAUAGACGAGGAAGAAGUUCUAUCAAUGGCCAAGCAUGCCUCUGCUGAACUUUUAAAGAGAGCAGGCAUACAGAUUCCAAACAGAAUGAAUUUUGUGUGAUCUCUUGUGUUCACUGUGUAAAGCUGUUUGUAAUGU